AUGCAGAACGGCGGGGCCAUUGUGGCCGUGGGGCAGGCCAAGUCGGCUCUCCCCGGGGCUGUGGAGACGCAGACAAAGGCAAUCGGCGUGAUCCUGCCGCCGCCGGACAUCAGGGUGAGCGUGGAGUUUGAGAAACGCAUCCUUGCCAACGAGAUCAACAACCAGAAGUUCAACUUCCUCAAGGAUGGCGACCCUUACAACGCAUACUACCGACAGAAGGUGGCGGAGUUUGGGGCGGAGAAGGCGCAGGAGGGCGCCGCUGGCGCCGCCGCCGCCGCGCCCGCGCCGGCGGCCCCCGCCCCCGCGCCUGCGCCGGCGCCCGCCCCCGACAAGCCCAAGCCCGCGCUGCCUCCCACCAAGCCUCUGGAGGCUCCCGAGGAGGAGCAGUACACGUCCCACAUCCCCGAGGGCCUCACCUCCCUCGACCUGGACACCAUCCGCAUGACCGCCCAGUUUGUGGCGCGCAACGGCAAGGCCUUUCUGACAGGGCUGGCCUCCCGCGAGCACGCCAACCCGGCCUUCAACUUCCUCAAGCCCACCCACUCCCUCUUCUCCUUCUUCACCUCCCUCUGCGACGCCUACUCACGCGUGCUCAUGCCGCCCAAGGACCUGCGCGCACGCCUGGAGAAGGACGUGGCGGACAGGUCUGUCAUCCUGGAGCGCGCCCUCAAGCGCAUGGAGUGGGAGCGCGUGGCUGAGAAGGAGGCCAAGGCGCGUGCGGCGCGCGAGGAGGCGGAGCGCGAGGCCAUGCUGUCGGUGGACUGGUACGAGUUUGCGGUAGUGGAGACGAUUGAUUUCUACGACGACGAAGUCGACGAGCUGCCGCCGCCCAUGACGGUCAAGGAC